AUGACAACCCUCGACGUCGACAUUCUCCACCCAUCCGUUGAGCAAGAGGCCCACACAAACAAGAAGAAGACACUCGUUCCAAACCCACGUUCUGAGUUCCUCUCCCUCCGCUGCCCAUCCUGCACAGGCCUCACAACAGCUUUCUCUCAUUCUAAUGUCCCCGUCUUCUGCAAGAACUGCCAGACACCACUUGCUACACCAACAGGUGGCCGCAUCCUCCUUGCUGAUCAGGUUGAAAUCCGCCCACGCGUUAACGCUUAA